AUGGGAGCCGCAGCUACGUUGGUAGAACCUUCCCACCACGAUGGAACAAUCGUUGCAGCGACGUCGGAGCACGUUAGUGCUAGUGAUUUGGAAAAGCAAAAGACUACCCCCGGUGGAAAUGCAGGAGCCCCAGAAGUUGCGCCGGUCGUGCAAGGAGACAAACAACGCUGUCUUCCCGAAAGCGUCGUCGUCGAGAACCCGGGUUCUUUUUUCUACCACGAUUUAAUCAAGACUGCCUUGUUGUUCUUCUGUCUCGGGAUGGUCGCGGGGUUGCUACUCUUGUCGGAAACGCAUUCGCGACUGGGCUGUCACACGGUUUGUGAGUGAGGGAGAUAUUUCGAUUUGGAAUGCUUCUUUUCUUCCAACGGAACGGGAAUUUCAGAGUUCCUGCGGAAAGGGAGUUUCAGAAACCGCAACUAUGUAUGAAAACAACACGACUACAACGGCAAGAAAAACGGUAUAAAAGCGACAGAAACUACUUGAAAGACAAUAGAUGUGCGGCACAUGUUACGCCUCCAAAGAACAAAUCAAAAAGAAAAUGCAGAAACGACACUUCUUCGCGUCACACCUCACCUCGUGCGUUUCUCCUCAACG